GCUAUUGGGCAGGAGCGUUCAUUUUAAAGGUGAAGCCAACAUCAGAGGUAUGGAUAACAGCCGUGAAGAGAAAGGUGGGACACUCUGUGCAACAUCACAAGAGAAGACAAAAGUCAGAGAGAGAGAGAAGAGGAAGCGAAAACGCAGCAGAAGCCGGUCCUCCUCCAUUUCUUCCACUACAUCAUCUAGCUCAACUACAUCUUCUUCAAAUUCUUCAUCAAGAUCAUCUUCUUCACAGAGCAGAAGUAGUUCAAGUAGUAAAGAUUCUCCCAAAUCAAAAUCAAAGAAGAGGAAAAAGGAGAAACACGACAAAAAGAAGAGGAAAAAAGAUAAGCUGAAGAAAAAGAAAGAGAAGAAGAAGAAGAAAGAAAAACCAGGACCAGUACAGCUCUCUAAGUACUUGAAAGAUAAAAAGAAGAAUCAAAACUACAGUAUGAUCACAGGAAAAAAGAUUAAGAUGAAGAUAAAGAAGAGUAAAAAAGAUAAAGAGCGAGACCGAAACCGUGCUGAACUCCUUGAUUUCUUGAACUCUGCUUUGUAGUACAAAAACUACUAAGCAAGAACCAGCCAGUCUAUCAACCCAUUUGGUCAUCCUGCUCCUCAAAGCACCAAAUACAAGCUCCGAGUGAGGGGAUGAAAGACCACUUAAUGUGUGACAAGCUGAAACCCUUCUGCUGUGAAGAUAAUGGAUACCUCCUUUACAAAGUAAAAGAAUCUAUGCCAACCUGCCAACAAAGAGCCAUAUCAUCAACUUCAAGACCCUGAAAGAACUAGGGUGAAUGCUUAAACAUUGAAUUAGGCUAAAAAUGCUCUAAAGUGAGGUGACAUGAUUGGAUUUUGGUUUACUGUGCAUAUCCCAAACUGCAUGCAGAAUACAACUUUACCAUCAGUUGUCCUUUGUCAUGUUUAAUGUUAAAACUGAGCAAAUAAGCUGUUUAAAAAGAAACAUACCUGUAUAUAGAUAUUUUUAGUAUCAAGUAUAUUUGUUCAUAAGCAGCAAAACACCUCUUUCUAAGUAGUGUGUAUUGUAGAAAAAUUAAUACAGUAGUACUUAUAAAACAUUGUUUAAUUGG